UCGGCCAACCUCUUCCCCCGCAUGACAUGCCAUUAAACUCGAUUUGGAAUCCGAAUUUGAAGUCCGCGAUAUAAAAGCCCACCCGAGAAAGUGAUAUUCUGGUUCCAUGUGUGAAACCGUUGACAGAUAUAGAGAGUGAGCUGUGAUUGGAGCUCCCGUAUCUGGAAUUUGAAACCCUGGCAAUACAUAUACGUAAGUUUCUCGUUUCACUUGAAUUGUAAGUUCGAGGGUGAAAAUUCGGAUCUUUGGAGUUAUAUUGAGCUAAUGACUGCGGUGAGAUACUGUUGGAUUUUUUGGGGGCAUGUCCUAGAAUUCAAUCGAUAACAUAUACAGACAUACAUGCCAUUCACACAGACAUGUUCUUACCCAAACACAAACACAUUGUAGCAUAGUUUAGUUUUGUUAUAAGGGAAAGGUUUUGGAACGGGGUUUAUGGCUGAAGGAGAGGUAUCAGAGAAGCUUGGGGCAUCGGACGUGAAAUGUGAGGGGGUGGAAAAGAUUGAGGAUGUGAUGGAGAAGAAGGAGGCACAAAAUGGAGUGACAGAAAUAGUUGAAGAUAAAAAGAAUGAUGGGAAAGUUAAGGCCCAAAAAAUGGAUGCAGACAAAGAAGAGAUCAAAGAAAGCAACGGAACUGAAGAAAAAGAAGUGGAGGAGGAAAAUUUAGCUGGUGGAAGCAAAAAUGGAGGAGGAAAUGAAGACGUGGGAGAGGAAGAGCUUAAAACUACAGGAGUUACGGGAAUGGAAGCAACCAAGAAUGAGGCAAUGGAAGAUGGCUCUAAGGAGAUCCCUGAGGAGGAGACAGAGGGUAAGGUUGAAGAGGGAGUUGAUGGAGCAAAAGAGGAAGAAAAACUGGGACAUAAUAAAGAGAAAAAAGGCUUGAAGAAGCGUCCUAGAACAAAAAGUAGUGCUGCAAGAAAAGAGAAGAGUUUGAUGAGUGAAGCUGAAGAGAAGAAAGAAAAUAAUCUGAACACCCCAACAGAGGAAAAACCAAAAGAGCCUCAAACCCCUAAUGAGAGAAAAGAACCGACAAGCCCUACAGCUCCUGCAAUUCAACGUCCUGUACGUGAAAGGAAAUCUGUAGAAAGGUUGGUUGCCACUAUCGAGAAAGAUACUGAUAAGGAAUUUCGAAUUGAAAAGGGUCGUGGAACUGCACUGAAAGAUAUUGCUAAUGUGGCAUGCAAGUUGUCAAGAAGGAAGAGUGAAGACACUUUCAAAUUGCUGCAUACAAUUCUUUUUGGAAGGAGAGGGAAAGCAGCUGAAGUCAAGAACAACAUAUCUAGAUUCUCUGGAUUUGUGUGGCAUGAUGACGAGGAAAAGCAAAUGAGGAAACUAAAAGAAAAACUUGACAAAUGCGUCAAAGAGAAAUUGGUGGAAAUCUGUGAUGUUCUCGAUAUAUCAAUUUCCAAGUCUACUACAAGGAAGGAAGACAUAAUUGCGAAGUUGAUAGAUUUUUUGAUGGAUCCUCAUGCAACCACCACUGAGUUGCUUGCUGAAAAAGAACAGUUGGGCAAGGACAAGAAGAGGAAGAUGGUCAGCAAAAGCUAUGUAUCAACAUCUGGGAAUGUAUCUUCAAAAGGUUCUGCCAAGAGUCAAAAGAGAAAUGAGGCUGCAUCUAAAAAAGGUGGGGAGAAAAAGAGCAUGCCUGAAUGUGAUGAUGAAACAGAAGAAGUGAAAGAUGAAGCACAUGAAGAGAAAACUGUUAAUGGUGUUCCUGAAAGAUCAGAAAGCGAGAUGUCUGAUGAAGGUGAAAGUGAAAGUGAGAAGGAAAGUGCAUCCAAAGAUGAGCCUGAUGAGGACAAAGGAAAGGAAAAGCAAGGUUCAGCAAAAUCUCCAGCAAAGAAGGGAUCUGGCAAAAAAGCCAAAACUAAGAAAGUUACAAUCUCUAAGAAGGCUACUCCUCUGCCUAAUAAAGCACCUGCAAAAUCACCAUCAAGUCAUUCAAAAUCCGAUAAUUAUACGAGUGCAAAGAAGUCUUCCCGUAAGAAGAAUAAUGAAGCAGUUAAGGAGAGGUCAUCAACUCUAAAGAAAUCUGCAUCAAAGGAGACAACUGGGAAAAAAAUUGUGAAAGGUAAAGGCAAGUCCAAGGAGGACAAAAUAAAGCCAAGUGACGAAGAACUUAAGAAUUCAAUAUGUGAGAUUCUCAAAGAGGUGAACUUCAAUACGGCCACCUUCAAUGAUAUUCUAAAGCAACUCGCCGAGCGAUUCAACGUGGAUCUGACUCCAAGAAAAUCAUCAAUAAAGCUCAUGAUUCAGGGCGAGCUAAAAAAACUAGCCGAAGAACAAGAGGACGAAGAGGAUGAAGGUGUAGAGGCCUGACAAUCUAAGAAAACACAAAGUAUGAAGCGUAAGGUCAGAAAUGCAACUCCAUCGUCUUAAUUUAUGUUGGUUCUGCUACUCUGUAGUUCAAAAUAUUCACAUGUUUUAUACCCACAUCUCCAAGUUAAGCUAGCUGUAAUUUGUUGUUAGUGUUAUUAACCGAAAGAUUAUUGUUCAAUAGGAUUUCUUAGAACUAAAUGCUUCAGCUUGUACACGUGCAUAAAGUUGUAGAAAUUUCCUUUUUUUCUUCAGUGUACUGAUCCUUGAAUAGUUGAUAGAUUUUGCACCUUCCUUUGGUAUC